AUGCUGAAAAGAUUAAGCACGCAAAUAUUUAGAAGGAGCUACGCUGAAAGUGUUAGUCCUGUUGCAAGACGGUUUGUAGUGAAACCUAAACAGAAGCCGCGCAAAUGGAUACCGUUUACGAUUUUCGGUGGCAGCUUCUUCUUAGGAUGGUUAUUGACCGAACAUAUGACAUUCACUGACUUGAUGGCAUAUUGGAGAUACGAUACUUUGCCACAGGGGUCGAAAGAGGUAAAAGAUUAUCAGCUGGAUCUUUUCAAUAGAAGUGAAAACCUACCUGUAGUAAGACAACUGCAGCAAGCUGGUUUCAGAGAGGUUUUCCCAAAUAGACGGGAGGAUGAUUUGUUGAUUGACAAAACUUUAAGUACUCCUGGGGCAAUUGCAGUCCCCCCACGUUUUUACUACAAUCCCGUGACGAAGGAGAGCGUUGGAAUAUACCACCUAGGAAUGAAAUUGACGGGGUACCCAUUCAUUGUACAUGGUGGAAUGUUGGCCACUGUGAUGGAAGACUUUAUGAGAGAGUGCGUGAGGUUUGUCAAAGGUAAAGAAGGGGAAAAAACGAAAGAUUUGUCUAUUUCGUAUAAGCUACCAACGCUUGCAAAUCAGUUUGUUAUUGUAAGAACUACAAAGAUUGAUGAAUUCGGCAAAAGCGUCAAGUUGAAAGUUGAUGUCAUGGAUCAAUCAGGGAAUAGAAAACUGGUCAGUGGUAGUGGCGUUUUCAAAUCAUAG